GCCUAUAAGAACCUGGAUAGACAAUCCCAAGGAGGCUCAUCCGCUCUCACGGUUCUCAUCUACUCUAGGUCUCGACCCGCCUAAUUCCUCCCUCUCGCACUCCAGCACCCACACUCGUUGAACCCCAACUAUCUUACAAGUUACCAAUAAUGUAUUCUCUCCUCUCGCUCCUCGCCAUCCCGGCAUCUAUCAAUGCCCUUGUUCUUCCCCGCCAGGUCGAUAUCGCAACAGCCCUUACCGCCUCGGUCGACGUCUCUGGCAUCGCCUCAGUUAACGCCGUCGCAACUGCGUCCAUCGGUGCUGAAGUCACGAACGGCGUCUCAGUCGGUGUCGAUGCGGGAGUCACGGCCUCUGCUGAGCUCCUGAACGGUGUCCUUCCCACUGGCAUCCCCGUUGUGGUCGAUGCUUCCGCCUCCGUCGGGCUGGAUAUCUCCUCCGCCAUCAGCCUCGGUGUUGAUGCCGCCGCAUCACUGAACGUCGCCGGUAUUCCGGUCGAUGCGACUGCCUCAGUUGACCUUGGUCUCCUGGGCCCCAACCCUACCCUCGGCCUUGACGUCGGUGCCGACGUUUCGGGCGUGGCAUCCCUUGACCUCAACCUCAGCCCCACCCCAACUGUUGGGCUGCACCUCCUCAAUGGCCUCCUCGACGUCGGACUCAGUGCCACUCCCACGAUCGGCGUCUCCCUCUCUUCUGUCGAUGGGCUCCUCGCCAGCCUGUUGGGUAACGGCCCCCUCGACCUCAGCACCGUCACUUCCUUGAGCAGCCACUUCCCCGGCCUUGACCUCAGCUCCCUCGCCGGCCCGAACGGCACGGUCGAUAUCAACGCGCUCAAGACCCUCCUGCUCAGCCUCGGCGCAGACGCCGAAGCUGUCGUUUCGAUCCUCCUUAACGCCACUGGUUUCCCCGCCCUCCCCGUGCCUACCGCUGGCCUCUCAGUCCCUGGGAUUGCAUCCCUCGUUGCUGAGGUGGCCGAUGUAACCGCCGCUCUGGAACUUCUUGCCAACCCCACUGCCAUCCUCGGUGCCGACGUCGCCAUCCCCAGCAUUGUGUCAGAGAUCUCUGCGGACGUGAACGGUGCCCUCGCUCUUGGCCUGAGCGCCCCAGAUGUCCUCGACCUCGUAUUGGGCCAGACCGCCGGCCUCGAUAUCGCCGCUCUCGCAAAUUCAAUCGUCGGCCCCGUUGAAGCUGAGAUCGCCGCUACCGCCUCCGUUGGCGCGCUCGCAGCCCGCGAGACAGUUCCUGCCGUUGCCUCUGUUGCCGGCGUCGAUGCCGGUCUGAGCUGCGCUCUCGAAGACCUCUACUGCUGCGCUUCUGUCGGGCUCCAAGACACCCGGGUGGUCGCUGACGUGCUCGACCUCCUCGGAAUGUUCGUCCCUCUUCCCGCCGAUGUGACCGUUGGCGUUAAUUGUACAGCCCUGGAGUUCCCUGAGUCUCUCCUCUCUCUCGCGUCUGGCGCAAACCUUGUGUGCUGCCCAGGCGCCACCUUUGAGGGCAAAACGAUCGUUUCCGACUGCACGACUAUCUCCAUCUAAUUUAUCUCUUAUGAUUCCUCCCAUCUCUAGACUAUUAUUUUUUCUAAUUCCUCCAUCUAUCUUUGUUUCCUCCAAGUCGUUCCUCAUCAGAGGCCAAAGGCAAGCAAUUGGGGGGGGGGGGCGGAAGAGAGGUUAUGGAUUGACGGAGGAAUCGCAUCUUGUAUCAUCUGCAAUCACUGGAUUAUUCUCCUCAUGUCUUCCUCUCCUACUCGCCAUAUACGGUAGUGUAUAUAAGG